AUGUCGCUCCACAGUCUCGGGGACGAGGCGGAACGUAUUCUCCAUAGCAUCGAGCGCGAGAUCGUCAUCAUGAAACUCAUCGAGCAUCCCAACAUCAUGCGUCUCCACGAUGUCUGGGAGACCUCCACUGAGCUCUACCUUAUACUUGAAUACGUCGAAGGAGGCGAGCUCUUCGACUACCUGUGCAACAAGGGCAGGCUCUCGUCCGCGGAAGCGCUCGGAUACUUCCAGCAGAUCAUCACGGCUGUUCACUACUGCCACCGCUUCAACAUCGCCCACCGUGAUCUGAAGCCCGAGAAUCUCCUUCUCGAUCGUGAUAAGAAUAUCAAGGUUGCAGACUUCGGUAUGGCAGCCUGGCAGGGCAAGAGCAACCUCCUGCAAACCGCGUGUGGAAGCCCGCAUUACGCCGCACCAGAAGUUAUUAUGGGCUGUGCAUAUAACGGAGCUUCCUCUGACAUCUGGUCCUGUGGUGUCAUCCUCUACGCUCUGCUUGCGGGGAGACUGCCCUUCGACGACGAGGACUUGCCUACUCUCCUCGAGAAAGUGAAGAUCGGGAAGUACACCAUGCCGACGGACAUAGACACGCGCGCCAAGGACCUCAUCACGAAGAUGCUCCAGAAGAAUGUCGCAAAGCGCAUCACGAUCCCCGAAAUUCUCUCUCAUCCGUUCUACACUUCGCAGAAACCGAAGGAGAUGAAUUGCGACAUCCCGAACCUGGACGAUAUCGCCAGGCCACUUAGCAGCGCUUUGAGUGUAGAUCCGGACAUCUUCGCGAACCUGCGCACACUGUGGUACGGAACCCCAGACGAGGAGAUCGUCGCGAGCCUGACGAACGACAAGUCUUCGUGGGAGAAGGGCGUGUACCACUUGCUCAUUCGAUACCGCGCCAAGCAUCUGGAGAACUACGACGAGGAGGAGGAGAAACUGGCGGUAAAGCGUUCGUCCAAGAAGCGGACGAAGAAGGCUUCUGCAACCCGCGACACUCCCCGUGAGCUGCAUGAGUCUCUUCCCCCUCGUACAGGCCCUCCUACGCCUCGUCGAGCCGCGCGUGCCGUCGUCAUACCGAACUCCAGCUCGGGCCUCAGUCGGAUGCGGCAGAUGUCGCUGCUGGACAUAGGUUUCGCUGGCUCCAGCCAGGCUGCUCCUGCCGCCAUACCCUUUAGCCCGCGUCCGCAGUUCAACCAUUUGGCCCCACCUGCUACGCCAAUGUCGUCUCUUCUCUCUCCCAAUGCUGCCUACGUGACUCCGACAUUGCAGGUCCCGGAGAUGCAAGACGAACGCAUCCAGCAAUUCUUCCAUCAAAUCGUCGAACACCUGAGCGUCAUGCAGGCGGGUGAAGGUUCUCCACGUCGAGGCUAUCCUGAGAACGAUCCUGUACUUUCUCCACGGCAUGUGGGUGCUCCGCCCCCCACACCACUUGCUGCAGGUCAUCGCAGAGUCUUCCUAGGAGAAUUGCAGCGGCAUCCGAGAGAUGAUAUAAACACUGCAGUCUACGCAGGGACCAAGGUCUCAGAGGACACCAACACAGUCAGGCCUCUCAGCAUCAGGCGACGUCCUCAGCAGUGCUCGGACGUGGACUCUGACAAGGAGAACGCGCUCCAGGUGCCACGCUUGCGCGUAAAGACAACUUGGGGUAGUGAAGACUACAGCACGCCCGAUCAGAAGUCGUCGAUGCGCAGCGACAGCAGCAGGACGACCGACCGACGAGUGCACAUCCUCGAACCGCCGAGCAGCGAGCGUGCACGGCUCAAGAAGAAGCGCAGUGCCCAUCUGUCGCCCAUGUCCCCCGCGUCAGCUGUCUCGGAAGGAUCCUUUGUGCUGCCCGGCACGCUGAAGCGUCGCUGGUUCGGCAACCUGUUCAAGUUCAAGCCCACCAUUUAUCAGCUCCUUUCUGUGGCUGACGCAUACCGCUCGCGGGAGGCGUGCCGGCAGCUUCUUGAACGGAUGGGGGUGUCCGUCGCCCUGGCGUACGCGGCAUCCGAUGGCACGACAUCGGACACGCUCACGCUCCGUUGCAGGCUGGACGAUUCGCGAGCUCCAUCGAGCGUCAUGUCUAUCAGCAAAGGUGUGACCUUCCGCGUAGAGGUGCAUCGGCCGACACCCAUACAGGCGGUGACGGGAUACGUCUUAGCACUACAUCUGGUGCUGGAGAAGGGCGCGGCGACGAGUCUCAAGCUGAUCUACAACCGUCUGAGAAGGGAUUGGGACCUCGACGCCCCCCCAAUGCCAUAUUCAAGGACGGGCGCGGGUCCCAUGAUGAACGAUGAUGAGAGGUUUGUCGAAGUCGUCUAUGCCAACUAA